AUGGCUUCUGUGCAUCAUAAAAAAUGGAAGGAGGCUGGUAUACAAGAAGCCAUCAUUAGUUCAACAUACGAAAUAAGAAAAGUAGCCAACUUGGUUAUUGGGUUUGCUGAGAAGUGGUGUUCUGAGACCAAUACUUUCAUUUUUCCAUGGGGUGAAGCAACCAUCACAUUGGAGGAUGUUAUGGUUUUGGGAGGUUUCUCGGCUUUGGGGGACUCUGUUUUAAGCCCUCUUCAGAGCAAACAAAUGAAAGAAGUCGAAGAGAAAUUCAUUGAGGGGCAAAAAGAAAUUUACAACAGUGGGACUAGAGAGGUUACCACAAACUUGUGGGUGAAGAAGUUCAUGAACAGUGGGAAUGAAUUCGAGCACGAAGCGUUUCUUGCCUUUUGGUUGUCGAGGUUUGUCCUUGUUGGUUCUCGUAAUUCAAUACAGAAUUCUGUUUUCUCUGUUGCAAUCCAUUUAGCUAGGGGGACCCGAAUCGCUCUUGCACCGGCCGUUCUUGCUAGCAUUUAUAAAGAUUUGAGCUUGUUGAAAAAGGCAAUUGUAGGCUCAAAGGAAUUAGAUUUCACCCUGAAGCUGAAGUCACCAUUUCAUUUAGUUCAGGUUUGGGCAUGGGAAAGAUUCUCAGAACUUAAGCCAGAAAACCCAAAUCCUAUAAACUCUUAUGAGCCAAGAAUGGCUAGAUGGGAUAAAGUGAAGGGUGUGAGAGUUGAAAACUUAAGAAGGGUUUUAGACUCAGCCAGAGAAAAUUUCCUGUGGCGCCCUUAUGCCUUGGUCACUGAUAACUGGCAUAUCCCUAAAUACUAUCCACAAGAGGAAAAGUGGGUUUUGAUUGGACCUGAUUUGGAUGAUGAAUUGCUCUCAUUAGUGAGAUGCUUGAGGGCCAGUGAGCUAGUUGGACUCUAUACUAUAGAGCAUUACCUUCCACACCGGGUCGCUAUGCAAUUUGGAUAUGAUCAAGACCUUCCAUGUUCUGUUACUCGAGCUAACCACAAUUCGGAUACAGCCUGGGACUACAACAAGGAAAUCAAGAACGUAAAAUUGUAUCUUCCAUCUAGGCUUGUGGAGGCUAAUGUUACCACAAAGUACUUGAAGUGGUGGAAGCAAUCAGUGUCAGGUCUUGAAGAUGCAAGGGAAGCUGCUGUGCCACAAAAAACGGGAACAAAGAAUUCGAAAUGUUUGCUUUCGAGGGCUAACCACCCCUCUGAACCUCCUGGUUUUCCUCCCAAACGUAAAAGAAUGGAAGCUGGAGAUCCUAUUGAUGAGGAUGAACUAACUGUAUCACAGCUUUUGAAAUUUCGCAAGAAGCAUGAGAACUUGGGGAUUAUACAAUGCAGUGAUGGUGAGAAAUUAUCAAGUCAAGCUCAACAUUUUGCAUCUCCAAUUGCACAAAAAAGCUAUGAUUUGACUUGA